CAAAAAAUCGUUCCGUAUUUUCUGGAGUUUUCGCGCUGUUUACGCGAAGUUCGCAUGUAAGUUUGAAUCAAGCUUGAGAAAGUUACAAAUUAGUAAAUAUCAAUAUGAUCAUUCCUGUGCGGUGUUUCACUUGCGGGAAAGUGAUUGGCAAUAAAUGGGAGGCGUAUCUGGGGCUUCUUCAAGCCGAAUACACCGAAGGGGAUGCUUUAGAUGCAUUGGGUUUGAAAAGGUACUGCUGCCGCAGAAUGUUGCUCGGACAUGUGGAUUUGAUUGAGAAAUUACUCAACUACGCUCCCUUAGAAAAGUAAUAUAACAUUAUCGGACGAGUUGAUAUGCAGCUGAACGUUGGUAUACAAAUGCACACACGUCAUUCCUUUUUUUAUGCGAAAUCUUUAUCUUCCGGGGAAUAACCUUCGACUUUGGGACCUUCCCGAUGCCACGCUCACACGAUGAAAAGCCGAGAAGCGACAAAAAUAAAACAAGAUAAUUCCCGGCCCGUGACCGAUGCGGUUACCUUGUUUGUCACUUUUAACAAGUGUGACUGAAUUGCAAAAACUUGUUAUGCAAAGUGCAACGAUUCGCUUGAGUUUUCUUGACCGAUAGAUCGCUUGGAGGCGUCUCACUCUUUCUCUCUCUCUCUGUAUCGACUACGACAUAUAUAUAUAUAUAUAUAUAUAUUGCCGGGUUAGUAUAUCAUUCUUGAAUAAUUAUCGCCAUUGUCAGUGUUAUUGCAUGUCGCUGUGUUUUUGUGAUCGUAAGAUAGAAGAAUUAUUUCCAAGUAUAACGUUCCAAUUUGUACAGCUCCGUUAAUGUCGACGUAAAGAUAUAGACGGAGGAGCAAAUUCAGAUAAUAACAUUUGCAAAGUAGAAAAAACCUCGACGAUUUGAAAUCUAAAAAUAUGACAACGCAAGCGGAGGUUACGCGAGUCUUAUUUUUACUAGCCUGGUGAUAUGACGGCCCGUGAAAUUACGUCCGUAAGUUAUAUAUUUUUAGAUUACAAUAUUUAUUAUUUAUACGUUUUUUUUCCAAGAUAAUCUUUGGGUUUUUACUCGCCGUUCUUCGAUGUAUACAAUAAUCUCUCCCAGAUAGAUAAGUUUCAAUAUAUUGUCUGUAUCAUAAUUAGUAUAAGUACGUUAAGAUGCGUCUUGUCAAAUAUUUUAUCAGUAUAUGAAAAAAGAUUAUCCGAUGCUGUAAAAAUUGCAGCGAUGCCAUAAAUACUGCUGCUUAUUUUACUCAAAAGAGAACGCAGUUAAUCCGGGAUUAUUGUAAUAAAAAGUCUAUAUUUGGAUUAAAAUUAUGGCAUAAUUAAAUGAGUAUUUCUUGAAACAAGCUUAUUUUCAACAUAUUGUGCUGUUGCAAUGACGUCAUAAAGUAUACAUUAAAUAUUUGCACGUUAUAUUUAACAUUACUGUUCAUCUGGAUUGUUAGUGAGAAAAUUCUUUAUCUAACACGACACUAUCGGUGGUCACCAGCUUGCAUUGUCGACAUGCUGUCGAAUAUGAACGUAAGUCUACGUACAUCGCGGCUCAAUCGCGCUUGAAGAUUAUUAUUAAGGUAUAUAUUGAACGAAUGAACUACAAACGAAUAUGUAAAAUCCUUAUCUAAUUAUCUGAUUACUAUUGUUUUUAUGAUGUUAUAAAAAACUUUUGGCCAUUUCUUCUACAUUGAGAUUUAAAGAAAGAUUUACUGAGGCCUUUUAGCAUGCACAGAGAAAAAACAAAUAUUGUCACUUUAUCACCUUCCGUCGUUUCAAUUCCGAUCAACGACCAGUCACUUAUCCAUUUCCUAAACAACGUUGUUGCUUCGAUAGUCGGACGAUUGACACUAACUUCACUGGCUCUAACGAUAUCCUUGUGACUUAUGCUUAUAUAAUGUACUUUAUAAUGUUCACAAAACAUCAUAACGACAUAUUUAUUGACAAACAUUAAAAGCAACUUAACAACAGAUGAUAUGCAACGAAUAAUGGUAUAAUAUAUAGUACCAGAGACGCCGUAACAAUUUUUGGACUUUUAACCAAAUAUUACAAUGCUUAAUUCAAACAACAAAUUAGUUGGAGACAAAUCCAAGGAAGUUAAAAUCAAACAAAGAGGAAUAAUAAAUUUUUCUAUGCUAAUCCAAGCAGAACAAGUCAUAUAAAAGUCAAGAUAUAAGGUUGCUGAAAUAUUGAAAUAAGAUUCCAUUAAACUUCCUGAUAAUAUUAUAACGUAAGGUUUUACUGUAAAGUUAAUGAUAUAUUCAGUAACAUUCUCAUUAAAAUAUAUAAAGUUGUAACUUCUCCUUAUAAUUUUACUGUAAUGUUUUAUGCUGUGAUGAUAAGUUUCGGAAUUCAUUCUGCGUCCAUAUAAUAAUAAGAGAAUUUUUUUAUAGUAAUUCUUAGGAGAUAUAUUUUCCUAUCGGAUACGAGAUGCGUUGCGAAAUUCACCGAAAAGAAAGCAUUGCAACCUUUCUGUAACUGACUAUAUUAUUCGUGUUUAAAUACGCACGAACUUUCUUCGAUAAACAACAUUAUGAGUAACGUUCUGUUCGGAUUCGUUGUAGCGUACAUAUUUUCCGAUUUAUAACAAAUUGUAACAACAAAAAUUUGCAUUCGCCGUUCAUUUCUCAUACAUUCUUUCAGUGUAUAUUCAGCUUCAUAUAUACGGCUCUGUGAGCGAGCGAAAGAACGUUAACACUUAAAACAUUUCCGAGUUCACGAACUUAACCUUGGACAAACAAACAAUCGCGUCUUUGCAUGAAUAUGAAACGUAACGAAGGACACAUGAUAAUCCGGCAUUCCAAUUAGACGAGAAGGUAAACAAUAGAGAUGACAAGAGCAUUCCAAUUAGACGAGAAGGUAAACAAUAGAGAUGACAAGAGACCGCAGACGGUGUCCUCGGCAUAUUCGUCAACCUCGUAUCUUUACGAGGUUCUACGGCGAGUCGUACAGGGAUAUCGCGAUUACUACAAAUGCAA